UUUGGCUCAGUCCUCUGCCAGCUUCUCCACUGUCCAGACACCUCCCGGUCUCCAACAUGACCUGUGGCUUCAGCACUGUGGGCUCUGGAUUCGGCAGUCGCGCCUUCAGCUGCGUCUCCGCCUGCGGACCCCGGCCCGGCCGCUGCUGCAUCACGGCCGCCCCCUAUCGCGGCAUCUCCUGCUACCGCGGCCUCACCGGGGGCUUCGGCAGCCGCAGCGUCUGCGGGGGCUUCCGCGCCGGGUCCUGCGGCCGCAGCUUCGGGUACCGCUCCGGGGGUGUGUGUGGCCCCAGCCCUCCCUGCAUCACCACCGUGUCAGUCAAUGAGAGCCUCCUCACGCCCCUCAACCUGGAGAUAGACCCCAAUGCGCAGUGCGUGAAGCAAGAGGAGAAGGAGCAGAUCAAGUGUCUCAAUAACAGGUUCGCUGCCUUCAUCGACAAGGUGCGCUUCCUGGAGCAGCAGAACAAACUGCUGGAGACCAAGCUGCAGUUCUUCCAGAACCGCCAGUGCUGCGAGAGCAACCUUGAGCCCCUGUUCGAGGGCUACAUCGAGACACUGAGGCGGGAGGCCGAGUGCGUGGAGGCUGACAGUGGAAGGCUGUCCUCGGAGCUCAACCACGUGCAGGAGGUGCUGGAGGGCUACAAAAAGAAGUAUGAAGAAGAAGUUGCUCUUCGGGCCACAGCGGAGAACGAGUUUGUGGCUCUAAAGAAGGAUGUGGACUGCGCCUACGUCCGCAAGUCGGACCUGGAGGCCAACUCAGAGGCCCUGAUCCAGGAGAUCGAUUUCCUGCGGCGGUUGUAUGAAGAGGAGAUCCGUGUUCUUCAAGCCAACAUCUCGGACACCUCAGUCAUCGUCAAGAUGGACAACAGCCGGGACCUGAACAUGGACUGCAUUGUGGCUGAGAUCAAGGCCCAGUAUGAUGACAUCGCCAGCCGCAGCCGGGCCGAGGCCGAGAGCUGGUACCGCAGCAAGUGUGAGGAGAUCAAGGCCACGGUGAUCCGGCACGGGGAGACCCUACGCCGCACCAAGGAGGAGAUCAAUGAGCUGAACCGCGUGAUCCAGAGGCUGACAGCAGAGGUUGAGAAUGCCAAGUGCCAGAACUCCAAGCUGGAGGCCGCAGUGACCCAGGCUGAGCAGCAGGGCGAGGUGGCCCUUAACGAUGCCCGCUGCAAGCUGGCCGGGCUGGAGGAGGCUCUGCAGAAGGCCAAGCAGGACAUGGCCUGCCUGCUCAAGGAGUACCAGGAGGUGAUGAACUCCAAGCUGGGCCUGGACAUCGAGAUCGCCACCUACAGGCGCCUGCUGGAGGGCGAGGAGCAGAGGCUGUGUGAAGGCGUUGGAGCUGUGAAUGUCUGUGUCAGCAGCUCCCGCGGCGGGGUCGUCUGCGGAGACCUCUGCGUGUCGGGCUCCCGGCCAGUGACGGGCAGCGUCUGCAGCGCCCCCUGCAGCGGGAACCUGGCGGUGAGCACCGGCCUGUGCGCGCCCUGCGGCCAGCUCAACACCACCUGCGGAGGGGGUUCCUGCAGCCUGGGGAGAUGCUAGGCGGCCCCCAGGGAGAGCCAGAGAGGCCCCUCGGCCUGCCAGAAGUGCCACCGCCGCCACUGCUGGCUGAGAACAGCAGCGCCUCGGUAGCUGGCCCCCUCGUGUUCUGAGAAUACACCACGCCCUCCUUCCCUUCAGCCUCUGCUCUGCUCAUCUUGUCGCACCUGAAGGGGAUGCAGCCUGGGGAGGGACUCCUCCCCUCCGCUGUCUUGGCCUCUGGCCUCGCCCAGGAAGAAGAGCGCUCCUUCCCAUGUCCCCUGACUCUCUGGCCUCUUGUCCCCGACGUUUCUCUAAUAAACCGAUGGACCCGCUU